AUGGCAGGCAUAGGGGGAGUAUGCCGGAGCAACACUGCACAGUUCAUCUGUGCCUUUUCGGAGGGCAUAGGGUGGAAUUAUGCUUUAGUAGCUGAGGCACUUGCGGCUAGGAGGGCAUUGUUAAUGGCGCGUCAGUUCCAGAUGAAACACGUUAUGUUGGAGAGCGAUAACCUCCUCAUUGUUAACCUUCUCAAGGGACAAACUAGGGACGUGCCGUGGAGGAUUACCACCAUAAUUUCUGAUUGUCGUUCUCUCUUUUCUUAUUUUGAUGUCAUUCUAUUUGAACAUGUACUUCGUGAAGCCAAUAGCGUGGCUGAUUCGCUCGCCACUAAAGCGCCAGAGUCUCAGCAUUCCAUGUGUUGGCUUUCUAUCCCACCUCCGUUUAUUUCCCCUCUUCUGUUUGCGGAUGCUUCGGGGACUUUGUUCCCACGUUAA